UUUUAGGUUACCUAUUGUUCGUGGAUUGGAAAAAAGAACCGAAGAAAAAAUGAUGGAGACUAGGAAUGCCAGUGAUAGUUUGAUGGACCAAGUCUUUUCUGCUGUCACGCUUCCUGCUGUUGGACAAACAACUACCAUCAUGGAGCAUCAUCAAGAAUCUCACACUGUUUUUCACCAAGAGAGUCAUCAUGUUGAAUCUCACCACGAGCAUAUGGAAUUCUCCUCUUCUGGGGUUAUCGUAGGAAACGUUGUUGGUCAUGAUGCCGUUAUUCAACGUCGUCCAACUGUGGAUACUGAAGAUCAGCGGUCGGAGGUGUCCGCAAUGUCAAAAGCCACAUCAGUUUCUGUUCAUUCUAGCGUUUCUCAAAAAUCCGCUCAGCACUACGAUCUUCCACCUAUCCCACAGUACGACAUGCCUCCGAUUGUUGUUGGGGAAGCUGUUGUUGGAAAGGCACCAUCAGUUGCUUCUUCCAGAUCAGGGUCCCACCAUUCCGUCGCUUCGCAUCAUUCGCAUCACUCCCAACAUUCCCAUCAUUCCGCUUUGACUCAUGACAGCGAGUCGACUAUUUCCGAGGGAACUCUUGUGAAUGAGCCGAUCGUGGUCGGAGCACAUGUUGCAUCUGAAGCUCCAACCCCACUUGCUGUCGGACAAUCAUUCGAGCAUGACGCAGUGAUUGAGCAAUUUAAAAAUCUUCAUGGAAGAGAUCAAUCAGUGGUUUCCAGCAUUGUUCCUGCCUCAGUUCACAUUCAAAGUGACAGCGAGGACUCUAUUGCUCCAUCAAAGUUGACUCACUCGAUUGCUGUUGGAGGAGUUGUCGAUUCUCACAAUGGUGUCAAUGUUUUGCACAGAAGUCACGAAGUUGAAUUUGUGGACUUUGCUGCUCCAGCUUACUACCAACCACCAUCAGUUGUCGGCGCUUUUGAUGCUCAUAGCGAGGAUUCGUUUGGUUUUGAGAAGGUGGAAUAUGUGGACACUCAUGAGGACCAUCACCACAAGUUGGAGGAACAAGUUCCGCAAGUUGUUCAUGAACAUGUUAUUGAACAGCAUUACGAGCCUUAUCAAAUCGUCCAUGAGAACCAUAAUGUGUUAUCGGUCGAUUUCGGAGAGGAUCAACACUCCAUAACCCAUCAUGAUCAUGACCACCACCACCACCACCAUGAAUCCCAUGUUACCCAUACCUUCACCUCCAAUGUGAAACAGUCCCGUUCUAACACUGCCUCCACUUACCAAAGUCGCCAAAUGUUAGCACAUAAUGUUGGGCCUAAAAUUACUGAGGAGUUGCGUCCGGCUGCGGUGCUGGAGGAGGAAGAGGUUGAGGUUAGGCCCCCAGUGAUGGCCUACGUGGCUCCAAUCCCAGUUAAGCCACCACGUACCCACGAAGAGAGUCAUAUCUAUAACGCGUACGAAACGGAGAUUCAUCAGCAAAAGGAUAUCGUCAAGUCUACUACUGUUGUUCUGGAAGAUGUCCGCUCAGGAUCUGAAGGUAUUCAUAUCCGAGCGGAUAAUUCUUCAUCUGUUGAUAUUAUAGGUGUUAGCUCCCUUCGCAGAAAGUUUGAGCAUGGUGCUCCACCACCAUUGUCGCCUGUCUUUGAAAUGAAGAAGCAUGAGCACCACAAGCAUCUUGAUCAACACCAUCACCACAAACACCAAGACGUCGUCGUUGAGCAAACGCAAUUCCAGGUCGGCGAUAACUUCAUCUCUUCUUCUUCUUCUAAAGCAAUAGAGAAUCAUUAUGACGUUCCUUUCGAUUCUUAUGAGAUAGUUGAUAAAUCUGAAAACACUAAAAAAUCCUCAUCCUCUUACCACGCCUCCUCCUCCUACCACAAGCAAGCACCACCGCUGCCACUAGUCGAUUACCAUGUAUAUGACACGCCAACUGUUGAACAUUUCUCCCAUUCGCCAGCUUUCUAUACUGACGAUCAGCGCCACCAUUAUGUUCCCCAAAUCAAGGUGAUAACAGAGUAUCGACACAUCAACCCUCGUCAUCAUUACGUGGAAAGACAAAUUAGAAAAGCUGAUGGAAGUGCGAUUGCACAAAGUCCGCAAGUUCAAACGAUUGACUAUUUUAAAGAAAUCAACAGGGCUCACCAUUUUGUCCCAUCUACGCCACCAUCGCUGUUUAACAACAAGCGAGAAAGUUUCCACCAUCACAGCUUUAUUCCAAACAGUUUGGAAGCUGAAAGAAAGAGUCGUAGUGUUGAAAGAGCGCACCAUUAUCUCCCAGAUUCACCAGCGAAUGUGAAAGAUCAGAGAAAAAUAAUCAGGGAACAUCAUUAUGUUCCUCUUGAGAAACGCUCUCAAUCGUUGGAUUUAAAAGUAGUUCAUCCUGAACAUCACUAUGUUCCACUUGUCAGAAAAACAACGGAGGAUCAUCAACAAAAAGUGAAUCACGAACAUCAUUUCAUACCAGCGGAGAAAAAAACCGAAGCAGUCAAAGAUGUUGUUCACGAGCAUCACUACAUUCCACUGACCGCUCAUAAAACUGAUGAACAUAAUGUGAAUAUCACUCGAGAGCAUCAUUACAUUCCGUUGAAAACGGAGCAAGUGCAGAGCAAAACAGAAAUUGAACGUCACAAUCAAUACGUUCCAAUGACUACUCACAAGGAAACAAAAUCGUUUGAUACUGGAAGAAGCCACUCUUAUAUCCCAUUAGGUGGAAAUGUGGAGCAGUCAAAAACCGAGAUUUUUCGUCAGCACAACUUUGUUCCUGUUGUUGAUAAAAAGGAAAAAAACGUCGAAGAAAUCAAUCAAAAGCAUAAUUAUGUGCCAGCUCAUUCGAAUGUGGCUGUUUCCGAUAAAGAGCCGAUAAGCCGUCAUCACAACUUUGUGCCGCUUGCAACCAAAACUGUAGAAGAGACGCGUCACUCUAACGACUUAAGUCAUCAUCACUAUAUGCCACUGCCAGCAAAAAGGGAAGAGGGAAAGACGGCAGCGGGUGAUAAGGUCGGCUACGAACAUCACUAUUACCCGUUGGCAUCGAAUACUGAACGAGUUUCGGUUCACAAAGGACAAGAGCACCACUACGUGCCUCUUAUUGCUAAACCAACGGAGAGUCACGCUUCCAAAAUUGUCAUUCAGCAUCAAUAUAUUCCGCUAGCUAUGAGACAUCAAAGUGUACCGAGACUUCCUUCGGAGCACAAUUAUAUUCCGAUUGCUAUUCAUGACGAUUCGCAUCAAAAAGUCGAUUUGACGAACCAUCAAUAUUUGCCACCUAUUGUUAACGCCGAACAGAAAGAAGCUGUUAAGUUGUAUGAGCAUCAAUAUGUUCCACUUCCGCCCAAAAAGGAUAGUUUCGCGGUAAGAAAACUUGAAGGAAAAGACCACCAUUAUGUUCCUCUUGUCCAGAACUACUCAUCAAAAGCUCCACAACUUCCACGAGAACAUCAUUACUAUCCGGCACCUGUUCGAUCAGUAGAGCAUCAUCAAAAACAUGUUCAUGAGCAACAUAACUAUAUUCCUGCAGUCCAUCAUCAUGAAACAAAUCAUCAACUUGAUCGUCAACAUGGAUAUAUUCCAGUCGCUGCAAAACACGAAGCAAAGAAAAAUGUACUCUAUGAGCAUCAGUACAUUCCGCCAAUCACGAGAACGGAGCAAACGAAUGGUUAUGAUAGAAGACACAAUUAUGUUCCGGUUGGAAAAACUGCAAAAGCGACAACGACAGACAUCCACGUGCAUCAGGAUCAUCAAUAUGUACCGCAAGCCAGCCCAAGGAAAACUAUUUCGGAGGUGAAUCGCUCUCACAAUUACAUUCCAGCCCUUCCUCCCAAAGAGCACCAAUCCCGGCAUGAGCACUAUCAGUCUCAUUCUUACCUUCCCCCUAGUCAAAAAUCUACCUCACAUCAAUCUCCGCCUAAACUCAUCAACCACUCUUUUGUCCCUCAGAUUCCACACAAGACCAAGGAUAAUCAAGUUGUUCAUGAGCAUGGAUAUGUGCCACCUGUCAAAAAAUCGGAUUUAAAAACCUCUGUCGAUCAUUCCAAGCAUGAAUAUUUGCCAUCAGUGGUGCACACGGAGUCCAAGGAUGAUUUCAAACAUUCGAAACAUGGAUAUGUUCCAUCAUUGGAACACUCACAGAGAAUUGAACGAGGCGUCGUUUCCACCCACAACUACGUGCCUCCUGUCACUAAGAUCAUCGAAAAAAACGCCUCCGAUCCCACAAAGCAUGGAUAUCUCCCACAAUCGAAGCGUUCAAAGAGUAGUGAUCAAAUUGAUCAUUCAAAGCAUGGCUUCCUUCCAUCCAUCAAACAUCAGGAAGCUCAAGAUCAUGCAGAUCACUCAAGACAUGGGUAUGUUCCACCAACGAAAAAGGCCCACAACGAUUAUUGGGGAUUUGAGCGAGACCAUCAUUAUGUUCCGGACACACUGAAAAAGGAUAAGAUCAAACAGAUUCAUCGUGAGCACAAUUUUGUCCCAUCAGUUGUUCCAGCCAAGCCCGAUGAAAAAUUCGAAGGACAAGAUCACCACUACGUGCCGUCUGUUAGAAAAACAACCGGAAUCACUUCUGAGAUCGAACAUCGCCACAAUUUCGUUGAGAAGAUUCCUUCUAAACACGAAACUCCAAAACUACCAGAAACUCAUAACUACGUGCCAACUGUUCACAAAUCCCAAAAUUUGGACCGAAGCACAUUGGAGAAGCACAAUUACGUCCCCACUUACCAAAAGAAAUUUGAGCCUCGUCGAACUGAUAUACGUCAUCACAACUAUGUGCCAACAAUUGUCAAACCACAUGAACAUCGUGAUAACUUUGAUCACCAUCAUUACGUUCCACAAAUUGCAAAACCUUCAGAUGUGAAACUAAGUGACUAUGACAAGCACCAUUACGUUCCACCAGUUUUCGAAAAGAGUGUUGUCAAUCAAGUUGAGUACGAACACAAGUACACUCCAACUGUUGUCAAGAGUACUGAACCAAGAAUUUUGAAUCACACGCAACAUCAUUACACUCCAUCUCAUCAAAUUGUAUCCAAUACAUAUGACGAUAUCGACACUCAUCAUGGAUAUUUGCCUCAAAUUCCGAGGAAAGAAACCGCAGCUCGUGUUCCAUUGGGUCAUCAUUUUGUGCCACAAAUUCCACACAAAGAAGUGGCUCCUGACUACGAUCAUCAUCACCACUAUGUGCCAUCUGUUCAGCCCAAAGCGCCAACUCCAGCCGUAGAUUACCAACAUCACUAUUUGCCUUCAGUCAAGAAACCAACUAGCACUACCACUGAUAUGAUUCGACAACAAAGGAAAAAAAUUCUGAAGAGCACUGAUGAUGAUGAAGAUCAAGAAAAUCAGUAUGUGGCGAAACCACCAGUCUACACAAAUGCAUUCGUAAAACCGUACAAGACAAUUCCUGAUGAACCAACAAACUACAUGCUCAAAAAUGGAAAAUCUCGUAACAAUGGCAUUCCUGAGGAGCCAUCGCAACCAGUUCCCAAACCUCGCUCUUUCACCUCUCCUCAGCCUGAUUAUUAGAUAUGCCAGAUUUCUUAAAUUUAUUUUUUAACUUAGUACUUUUUUCUCAUUUUUUGAAACUUGACUUCCAAAUCUCUUUUGCCCAAUUUCCCCAUCCCCCAUCUAUAAUAUCAUUAGGUAUGCCAACUUACAUCCGGCGUUAUCAGUAAACAAAAAAUUGCAGAAAGUGAGUGAGCACGUGCAGUUGGGCGGUUCCCGGAAGUCGACAAUCCAAAGUGGACAUCAUCACCACCAUCAUCAUGAUCACGAGAAUCGCAACGAUGUUCCAUCGAGACCAUCAAGUGUUGCUAAUUAUGUCAAGCACCAGCCACAUUCUCGCACCUCGACGGUGAGCACUGUUCGUGGAGCUCCAGUUCAACGUGUCAAUCCAACUGUUCAACAGCAUGUUAUUUACAAUCCAUACGGAGACCAUCAAUCUGUUCGUGUCGUGAAAAAUGUUCGAGAGUUUGUCAACGUUUUUGGAGCAACUCACGUUGUUCCACCACCAACUCCUCUUGCUGGAGUGCCACGACUUUCCCAAAGAAGCCCAAUUUCUCAUGAAACAUUCCAACCGCAUGAUGAGUGCAACUCUGUGAAAUCUUCUCGUAAAAACACAUUAGUUUCGGUUGGAAAAGGAAUCCAAAUUAAUGAUGCUCCACGCAAAUCAACUUGUUCAUCUGUUGCCUCUUCUCGCUCGUCAUCUGUCUCCACUGUUUCUGCUCCAAUUCUUGUUGGUGGAAAUAUUGCUGUUCCAACUCCGAGAUCCCGCAAUGCUACUCUCACACAAGAAAACGUCCACGAGCACGACCAAUAUGACGAUUUGAUUCAUGUUGCUGAUAUGCGCAAGCUUUUUGAAAACUAUGGACCUGCUCAUCUUCCGGAAUACGCGUCGAACCCAUCUGCUUACAUUCACUAAUUCUAUUUGUAUUAUCUUAACUGCAAUCCAACUUUUUAAAUGUUUUAUUCUAAACCUGUGAUAGCUAGUCAUUUUCUGUUAUUUUUGACACUUUUUGUACUUAUUCUGGGGUAGUUGGGCUUCUUUUUCUUAUUUUCUCUUAUUUCGUCAAGUGGUAAACUUAAUAAAUUUAUUUUCA